GCGGGACGUGGAGGCCACUCGAGGAAGCGCUUUUGCCUUCUGAAGAAUUAAGUCCUUCGAGGCAGCCCGUAGUGCACGUGAUCAUACCUGGGCUCAGGUGAGGGAGGGGCCCUGGACGCCGUUCACCUGGCUCGGCAGCUCCUUAUCGCGAAUCUCCCUUGCUUUAGGGAAGGAGGGCUUAAAACCCGACGAUUUGAGGCCGAACAACUUUGAGGAAACUGGCUGAUGAAGGUGUGACACAUAUACGGAGAGUCCCCCUCCCCCCCAAAAAAUCGUGUCGCAGGACCUUCUGAAAUGGACGAAGCAGCUGUUUAGAGUCCCGAUUAAUCCCAAAGAAGGCAGGGCAAAAGGAGUCUAAAGGGUGGCAAGUCAUGCUUGGAAAGAAACAAAGACAUCGCCGAAACCUGAGCAGAUACCACCAGCCCCAUCAAGAUGUUGCCUUACCCCAGAGGAUCAACCCUCCUAAGGCGAACAACGUUAGCGGCUCCACCUCUGAGCUCCAGCAGGCCCACAAGCCAACACGAGCUGGGAAAAGCCGCAAAGCUGAUCUCAAAGACUCCAAUGGGCGGGAAGGUGAAACGAGCACCUUUAUCUCUGGCACUGCAGAGGCUCCCGAGCCCCCAUGCUGCCCCGCUCUGUCCCAGGCUUGGAGUGUUUGCAAAGCCAUCUUCUGCUGUAUCGUGACAUGCGGGGACUGCUUCAGGGACUGCCAGUCUAGUAUCCAGUACCCAUACAUUGAGACACUGACGGACGAGAGUCGAGAGUGCAACGGCCAUUCACCAAACAGUCCUGCCAGUAGCUCCCCCACUGAAAAGAAUUGGAGCCAAACCAAAAAGAGCGUGGUGGGUAGCAGUUUCAGCUACCCAGACGUGAAACUGAAAGGGGUCCCGGUUUAUCCAAACCGGAGCCCCAGCUCCCACACGGAUGCAGAUUCCUGUUAUAAGGAGCCACUCCCAGAGAAGAACUCCUCAGCGUACAGCCUAGAGAAGCAGCCGGUCUCCACUAGCAACCGAAGCUCCGAAGAACUUUAUUCCUUCCACGAGCUGGAUAUCGACGGUGACUUCUUUGACCCAAACAGCUCCAUGUCUAGCAUACAGAUUGAUACCCUGAUCUUCAAGAAGCUGAGGGAGCUCUUCAGUGUCCACCAAAUCGAUGAGUUGGCCAAGUGCACGUCAGACACGGUCUUCCUGGAGAAGACCAACAAGAUCUCAGACCUCAUCAACAGCAUCACUCAGGACUAUCACCUGGACGAGCAGGAUGCCGAAUGCAGGCUGGUCCGGGGGAUCAUACGCAUUAGCACACGCAAGAGCCAGGUCCGACCUCGUGUUUUGGCCCCGACCCUCCCAAGCCAGGAGGAGAGCAUGAAUAGAGGCAAUCUGCCAGACAGCGGCAAUGGGACCAUGUUGGCAUCUGUGCUCCCUAGUGAAGAAGAUUUGUCUGUUCAGAUAUCUGUAGAGACCCCAGCAGAUGUGAAAGCCAGGAUCAUGAGACAUGGAGCAUACAGCAGUACAGCCAUGGAGAGAGGCAAAGUACUAUACCAGGAUCUCCCCUGAGCAGAGGCUCUUCUUUUCAGGAUACAGAGACAGACUCCUCUGGAGCCCCGCUACUUAAAGUAUACUGCUGAGAAAAUGGACCUCUGGAACGUGGUAGGCAAUAAGGCUAUUGGGCAAGUUCCCCUUUUGUAUUUGUAAAUGACAAAUACAAUGACUUACAAUGUCAGUCUUAAGUUCAACUUGACUCCUUUAACUUGCAUUUUAAAGGAGCCUCACCAACAGGUAGUGAAGAUGUAGUUUAAAAGAAAAACCAUGGGAAAAGGAUACUGGCACCAGCCCUAAGUUUUGCCAUCCCUGGGAAUGGCCAAUUCUGUUGCCAUUUUCAAAGUGAUUCCGCUGUAAACUUGCCUUCAGAUGACCAGCUCAUGCCUUUUCACUACUUCCUGGUAACCUUUUGCUCUUCGAGGGCUAGAGCUGUUAACUGACGUUAUGUAGCAAUGAUGGCUUUUUGCACAUGCCUUUCUACGUGUGAUUGUUCCAAAGGCAUAAGGACUACAUUUUGACUUUAAUUUGUUGGUUUGAUGGUGCUUGAAGAUCUUGAAGACUUCUUUCUACGUCUGCCAUUUCUGUGUACACCGUGCUUGACCCAAGUGUGCCUCAUCUGUGCUUUGGAUGGACUGCAUUGAGUGGGUGAAGGCAAAUCAGUGAUGGUCCAUGAUGACAAAUCAGUGAUGGCAAAUCAACCUGAGCAAUGCCAAAUCAGCCUUCAAGCAAUAUGUAAUCUGUGGCCAUCCAUCUAAGUUAACCCAAGCAACUUGGCUUCUGCUGCAAGCAGACUGGCCAAGGCGUGACUUCGAGUGGAUAACUGACUGGCUGUUGUAGAUCAUUAUUUCCGUCAACUAACAACCAUCAUCCAGAGUUUGAAAUUGCAAUUGCAGUCCACAAGCAACUGGUUCAGUGGUAGUCCCUUUGAAAAAAAUAGGGCUGAACCAGAGUAAGCAAGUUGGGGAUUGCCACUGAAGAAUAUGGGAGUUGGCUUCAAGAGUAAUUGUCAGUUGUUUCUAACCUCUUCCCUUUCUACAUCACCAAAGUUGUGUCUUGGCAGAUAAAAGUAGAAACUGGUUUAUAAACAAACCAGUUUAUAACCAUGCAGAUAACAGCUUUCAGUAUAAUUGUUAGGCACCAGAAUUGCAUUUGGAAACUUCCCCUGAUACGUUUUGUCUCGUCUGUGGAAUAACAAGGACUUAGGGGUGGAUGGGUAGGAAUCCACAGUAUAGCUAGAGGGACACAUCUAACUUCAAAUUCAGACUGGUUUGAAACCCAUUUAAGUGCCUUAGUUUCCAUCAAAGAGCAAUGGGAAUUUUAGUUGGCUUGCAGUCCCUGACAAUCCUUUUAGCCGAUCCUAGUCUGUCGACAAAGCUAAAAUACCCAGGCCCCCUUGGCUGGGAGCCCUUUUCACGUUUCAAAUCCAUGUUGCUUUGACUCUAGUGGCAGAAGAGUCAAGAGAAAAAGAAAAGGAAACUGUGCAUCGCUGUGAAGAAAGACCCUCAUCACUGUAACUGCUGCCACAGAGGGUGGCCCAUCACACGCUCACCACCUGCCGCAUCUUAAAUGCACUUGAGCAUGACAGGCGUGGUGUAAUGUUUAAGAGCCUGCUUUCAUAAUUCGGUUGUGCCCCUGGCUGCAACACAUGAGCCUAGCUGGGUAGGAUGAGUAUGCUUGUGUGAUGUUAGCAAUCAAAUGGUGGCCAUGAUCCAGAGCCCCACAUACCCUGCCUACUGUUCUGGAGCUCUUGGAAGGAUGUGGGGAGGGUGGGGGAAAGAAAGAACACAUAGAGCUCCUCUUUCCCCCACCCCCAUUUGCAUCUCAAGACAAAAGACCAGUACAGGCACAUGUCCUUCUCCCAUCUAUUCCCCUUCCCUUUCCCAACUCCCACACCUGAAGCCUUCCUAGGUUGGAUCUACAUGCGUGCAUUUUGUUCUCUCCAUAAAGACAGCAGGGGGAAUCCUCAACCAGGUUCAUUCGUCCAACUGACAAACGUUUUGGUGACUUGCUGUACAUGUUGAAUUCAGACUUGAUCACUGCUAGUGACAGCAUCUCAAUCGCCCUCUUUUAAAUGUGCGCUCUUAGUUGUAAAUAUAACACACUGGAAAUAAGAUGAUGGAAACUGUGCUGAUUUUUUUAAUGUGCCAAUCACUCCCCACUGUUGCCUCUCUCUUCUUCUGCACUUUUCUGUCUCAUUUCAAACUUGGCCUGCCUGAAGGGAUGGCUUGGAAAUUGGGGGGGGGGGGUUUUGCAGUGGGAGGGGAGCUGUGACUGAAUCUCUGGAGAUUUUGAUUCCUGUUGUGCUUUGGCUUUUUUAAAAGAGCAAAAAUGAACUUUUUUUAAAAAAAAUACACACACAAACCUCUAUGUUUUCAAAAAGGUGUACCCCUCUUCUACACAUACAAAGGGACUAAUUUAAUCUCAAGGAUGGCAACAGCAUCUUGGAAAGUGUUAAGAUUCUGCCUUUUGUAAAUAAGGACAAUGACUUUUGCAUAAUGUUCUAAAGGUUGCUUCUGGCUCUACUUGGAAAUAA